AAUUAAUUAAAAAAAAAAAAACGAAGGAAAAAAUCGACAUCCCCUCGUUUGGUUCCCACCAAAGGCAAACCCCUUCAAUAAUAACCUAACCAAAAAACUAUCUUCUUCCCUCGUCGACAUUUCUGGUUCUUGUGUUUUUUUUUUUUUUCAAAACCAACCGAACAAACAGGAAAAGAAAGACAUGGAUGGUUUAGACACCGAGGCUUCUUUCAUGGACGAGUUGCUCGACUUCUCCUCUGACAUAGGCGAGCAAGAGGACGAUGAUGACAAGAUGAUGAACACCAACAAAAGACCCAGAAAGGCUUUGUCUCCCCUUAACCAUAACGCCACCACCACCGCCUUCGAUGUUUUCGACUCACUUCAGCCUAGCCCUUCACCUUUUCCUGAAUUUGUAGAGGAAGAUUUGGAAUGGCUAUCGAAUAAAGACGCGUUCCCGACGGUUGAAACUUUGGGAGACAUCCUUUCAAAUCCCAUUUCGAAUGCUAAGCUUCAAAGCCCAGUUUCGGUUCUUGAAAACAGCAGCAGUAGCCACAGUACCACCACCAGUACGAGCACGAACGAAAGUACGGUGACCAACAAUAAUAAUGGUAGCAUCAUAAUGAACAGCUGUGGCAGCUUCCGGGUUCCGGUGCGUUCACGGAGCAAGCGGCGCCGUACGCGGCGGCAAAGCCGGGAGUCCUGGUGGGCGGUUCAGGAGAACGUGGAAAGUGUGAAGCCUGUUGCUGUUUUUUCGAAAGUGAGUAUCGGCAGGAAAUGUCAGCACUGCGGGGCUGAAAAGACCCCACAAUGGAGGGCCGGGCCAAUGGGCCCCAAAACGCUGUGUAACGCUUGUGGGGUGAGGUAUAAAUCCGGUAGGCUGGUGCCGGAGUAUCGACCAGCUAAUAGUCCGACGUUUUCGAGUGAAUUGCAUUCAAAUUCGCACCGGAAGGUGAUGGAAAUGAGGAGACAGAAGAUGAUGCCUAUGGAGAGUGGGAUUGUUGGUAUGGGGAUAGUUAAGCCUGUGGAUAGAGGGUAGCAUUAGGGUAGAAGGUAGAAUUUUUAUCUUUUUUUUUGGGUUAUCAUUAUUCUUAUUUAUUUUAACUUGUAGUUCAGCAAAGUUAGUGUCUUAAUGAAUUAGGGUUAUGGUGUAAUGGACAUUAUGUUAGGUGGUAUUUUGCUAUUUCUUUUGUUUGGAAGAAAAUCAAUCAAAAGAAUUUUGCUUGCAGUGUGGUUUUUUUUUUUUAAAUAGAAGGAAGGUAGUGGGUUUUCCAUUUAGUCCAAUCUGAUGUUUUUGGAGGAUUGUGGAUUCCCUUAAUGAAUGAAUGUGUUUUCAGAAGGCUAA